GCCGGAGCCGCUCGCCCAUCGUCCGCCCACGCGGGGCUCCGGGGCAGGGAGAGCAAUCCGGCGCGCGGCCUCUCGGUGGGGUUUUGCGGUUAUUGGCUCCUCGCGAAAGAUGGAUACGUUUCUUCUGGUGUGGGGAUUUCUAGGGCUGAGCUUGCCCGGCUCCGGAGGCGCGGCGGAGACAGCUCAGCCGUGUGGGGGCCGCCUCAACUCCAAGGAUGCCGGGUACAUCACCUCCCCAGGCUACCCCAAUGACUACCCCUCCCACCAGAACUGCGAGUGGGUCAUCUAUGCUCCUGAGCCCAACCAGAAGAUUAUCCUCAACUUCAACCCUCACUUUGAAAUCGAGAAGCAUGAUUGCAAGUACGACUUCAUUGAGAUCCGAGAUGGAGACAACGAAGCAGCCGACCUGCUGGGCAAGCACUGCGGGAACAUUGCACCUCCUACCAUCAUCUCGUCAGGCUCCUCUCUCUACAUCAAGUUCACCUCAGACUAUGCGCGGCAAGGGGCCGGCUUCUCCCUGCGCUAUGAGAUCUACAAGACAGGCUCUGAGGACUGUUCCAGAAACUUCACUGCCUCGAAUGGCACUAUUGAGUCUCCGGGUUUCCCUGACAAAUAUCCACACAACCUGGACUGCGUCUUCACCAUCAUAGCCAAGCCAAAGACAGAAAUCCUCCUCCACUUUGUGCUCUUUGACCUCGAGCAUGACCCUCUGCAGGCAGGGGAGGGAGACUGCAAGUAUGACUGGCUGGACAUCUGGGACGGCAUCCCUCAAGUUGGCCCUUUGAUAGGCAGGUACUGUGGCACUAAGAUGCCAUCAGACAUCCGCUCGACCACCGGCGUGCUGUCACUCACCUUCCACACUGACCUGGCUGUGGCUAAAGAUGGUUUCUCUGCUCAGUACUACUUGAUCCAACAGGAAGUGCCUGAAAACUUCCAGUGCAAUGUGCCUCUGGGGAUGGAGUCUGGAAGGAUCUCCAACAUGCAGAUCAGUGCCUCCUCCACCUACUCAGAUGGGCGAUGGACGCCCCAGCAGAGCCGGCUCAACAGCGAUGACAACGGCUGGACCCCCAAUGUAGACAGCAACAAAGAGUACCUCCAGGUGGACCUCCACUUCCUGACUGUGCUCACAGCCAUUGCUACACAGGGUGCCAUCUCCAGAGAAACCCAGAACGGGUACUAUGUCCGUACUUACAAGCUGGAGGUCAGCACCAACGGGGAGGACUGGAUGAUGUACCGACAUGGUAAAAACCAUAAGACGUUUCAGGCCAAUGAGGAUGCCACAGAGGUGGUUCUCAACAAGAUCCACAGCCCAGUGCUCACACGCUUUGUGCGCAUCCGUCCCCAGAGCUGGCACAACGGCAUCGCCCUGAGGCUGGAGCUGUAUGGCUGCCGCAUCACCGAUUCACCCUGCUCCAACUUGCUGGGGAUGCUUUCUGGCCUCAUCCCUGACUCGCAGAUCUCAGCCUCUUCUAUCAGAGGCUAUGACUGGUCCCCCAGCAUGGCCCGCUUGGUGAGCAGCCGUUCAGGCUGGUUUCCACGCAUUCCCCAAGCCCAGCCUGGGGAGGAGUGGCUGCAAGUGGACCUGGGCGUCCCAAAGAACGUCAAAGGUGUCAUUAUCCAGGGGGCUCGCGGAGGGGACAGCGUGACCACCACCGAGUCCCGCUCCUUUGUGAAGAAGUUUAAGGUAGCCUACAGCAUGAAUGGAAAGGACUGGGAAUUCAUCCAGGACCCCAAAACGAUGCAGGCCAAGCUCUUUGAAGGCAACAUCCAUUACGAUAUCCCUGAAAUCCGGAGGUUUGACCCUGUUCCUGCCCAGUACGUCCGAGUGCACCCAGAAAGGUGGUCCCCAGCAGGAAUAGGAAUGCGUCUGGAAGUGCUGGGAUGUGACUGGACAGAUGUGAAGCCCACUGCAGAGACGCUGGUGCCCACUUUGAAGAGCGAAGAGACCACCACCCCAUACCCAACUGAUGAAGAGGCAACUGAGUGUGGUGAUAGCUGUGGAGAAGAGGAAGAUUUCCAUCUUCCUGCAAACUUCAACUGCAACUUUGAUCCCCCUGAAGACCUGUGUGGUUGGUCACAUGACUUGGCAGUGGGCUACACGUGGUCUUUUCAGUCUGCAAGCACCUGGAUGGGCAACUCUGAACCAAGUCCCGAGACUGUGCCUGAUGUCAAGAGCUACCUGCGGCUGCAGAGCAGCGGCAGGAGGGAAAGCCAGCGCGCCAGGCUCAUCAGCCCCACCAUCUACCUGCCCCGCAGCGCCAUCUGCAUGGUGUUCCAGUACCAGGUGUGGGGCAGCAGUGGAGUGAUGCUGCGGGUCUGGCGGGAGGCCAGCCAGGAGCGCAAGGCACUGUGGGUCAUCGCAGAGGACCAGGGCAAGGAGUGGAGGGAGGGCCGCAUCAUCCUUCCCAGCUAUGACAUGGAGUACCGGAUAGUGUUUGAGGGAUUUAUACGCAAUGGCCACGCAGGAGAGCUUGCCCUGGAUGACAUCCGGCUGGGCAACGACAUCCCACUGGAGUACUGCAUGGAACCCAUCACAGCUUUUCCAGGUGAGAACUUCUACUUUCCAGUGAACUUCCCAAGAAUGAAGGAUGAUUUCCUGAUCCCUGAGCAAGAUUUGGAAGACAGCGAUGAUACUGAUUACUUUGGAUCGGAUAAGAACGACACCCUGUUCUCUACUAACUCUCCAGGAAACUCGAAGCUGGACAAAGAAAAAAGCUGGCUCUACAGCCUGGAUCCCAUCCUGGUGACCAUCAUAGCGAUGAGCUCCCUCGGCGUCCUUCUCGGAGCCAUCUGUGCUGGUCUUCUGCUCUACUGCACGUGCUCGUACGCAGGGCUGUCCUCACGGAGCUCCACCACGCUGGAGAACUACAAUUUUGAGCUGUACGACGGUAUCAAGCACAAGGUCAAGAUGAACCACCAGAAGUGCUGCUCGGAAGCCUGAUGGGUGCCCUGUGGGACCACCCUUGGCGUUGUGCCCGGUGAGAUGGGCUGGCGGGGGGGUUACUUUAUUUGCUGUUUUCUGUGGGAACUGAAUGCCAUAACGGGAACCGAGCGGCAUGGGAGGAGUGAGGGGGGGGUGCUGCUCCCACUGUCAGCUCCUGCCGGAAGCUCCACCGGAACCGAGUGGGCAGCCCAGUGAACCGGACUGUGCUGGGUGAGGGGCAUUAAGACCCUUGUUUGUUGGUUCAUCUUCAUUGUCUGCUGAUGUGAUGUGGCAAGGGAGGCUGGUUUACCUUUUGGAUGUGAGAAACUAAUUGUCAGUUGUUAUUUUCCACUUCCUUUCUCUCGUGAGCUGCUGAGAAAGCUGAGGGCUUUCUUCAGCCCUAUCUUUAGGAAUGAUGCACGCACACAGCGAUCCUAUCCAUUUUAGACCCUGUCCAGUUGUUAUUUUGGCUAUAGGGAUUUGUGCACUUCAUAUAAAACCCAGGCAGCUGUGGUUUCCAGUCCUGCACGUGGAAGCCUGUUGUUACCUUUCGUUUUCCUUGUCCUGGCAGGGGGGAGAGAUGGGAUGCUGGGCUUGGUGUUUGUGGUAACAACAGCGCUUUCUAAGUCAUUAAGAAAUAAAAUAGAAAGGAACCCUAUGUGUAGAAGCACCUCUUCGAGAGAAGCUGAAGAGCCUUAAAGUGAUUUGUGAAUAAGAGCCAUUUAUUAAAUCCAAAUAUUGGAUUGAAACAGCUGAGGCCUUCAUCAGGAAGGCCUUUCUUUGAAUUUCCCACCCCUCUUGAUCCUGCCCUUUUUCUUCCCCCCCCUCCUUUUUUCUUUUUUUCCUUUUUUGCUGUAAUGAGAAAAUUGCAGCAACAAAAGACAGAGUCUGCCAGUUCCCUGCACUUGGGUAUUUGGAAGCCCCUUGGCCAGGGCCUGGAUGCAAGGCAUGGUGCUGAGAGCUCCCAGCCAAGCCCAGGAGGGAGGACAAAGUGUGAUGUAGGCCAGAGCUGUACCUGCUGCCCCGGGGAGCCUGGCUGCGUGCCCUCUGUUCCCCAGGGCUGCGGGGCGUGAGCUGGCACUGCCAGCACGUAGGGACCAAAUUGCUGCCAUCUUCUCAUCCCCUUCAGAGUGGCACCGUUCCUGGUCAGUAGCAAAAACCUGAAGUUUUAUUUCUGAGCUGUGUCUUGUCUUAGUUUAAACAAGUGCCUUAGAAGAAGUGUUUUUCCUCCAUCUGAUGAUCAGUGCUGUAUCAAACAAGUGAGGUCUUCAUCCUUCCCCACAAAACACUGUCCUGCACGGCUCGCCGCUGGGCACAGCCUGGUUGAACGUGCCCAAUGCUUUAAAGUGGUCUGGCUGCAUUGUCACCUCCCACACCACUGUGCCGUGGGAGAGGUGUGCUAGGAAAACAAGCUAAGGGAGCAAGAAGGUUCAGAUGCUGAGCCCCAAACCAAUGCCUUCAGUCCUGGUUUAGUACAGAUAGAUUGCCUGUGUUAGCUUGCACAUGCAUAAGGGAAAAAUUUCUCCGCACGCUGGGUUUGUUUGUUCAGGAGCUCUUUGGAAAUGUCCUGGUUUUACAUUUUGCCUGGUAUAAUGUUUUGGGCUGGGGAUGGAUUUUCUCGCAUUACCACAGAGCGCUGUAGGUGCAAUGUGGUGUGAAGCUCAGCUUGCACAGCCCCUGCAUGCACAUCCUACAGCAGGCCAGGUGUUCAGGGAGUCGAGCAGCAUCUGGAGUGGGGAGGAACACGGACAGUGCCACAGCUGCUCCUCGCUGCAGUGGGAAUAGAAACAUUUGUCCCUGUUUCAUGAAAAGCUCUGUCAGACAAGUUUUUAGGGGAAAAAAGGGAAGAAAGACUUGCCCACUGCUAGAAGUAUGCACAUGUUUCUGGUGCAGCAGAUGCAACAGCUGUAUCAGCCAGACAUCCACGUUUCAUACACGCACACACAGACACAUGCGGCCCUUCAUUUUUUCAAUUCAUGCUGUGUGCCCAACGGGAACAGCAGAACCCGUCUCAGAUUCUCCUCUCGAGUCACCUUAUUUCUUCUGGCUUUCUUCAUGUACAAGUUCCUCAAAGGUGUUGCUUUGCUAUACAAAAAGAACACGGGCAGUAGGAGGAAAUGUACCAGACCAUUUCAAAGCUGGACUGCUGCUGCUUGAUGGCUUUGUCCCCUUUGAAUCACAGGACAGGGGAAGGAUGAAUGGAAAAGGACCAUACAGUAGAAAAGUCAACUUAGGCAAACAAUAGGUGAAAAUAUAUAAUUAAAAAGAUAUCGUUAUGGUGUCUAGUAGGCGUACAGAGAGAGUUCGUAUAUACAUAUAUUCAGAAAUAGUGUGUUUGCACACGCACGUGGAUUCUCUGUAUGUAUUGUGUAUGUGACUUAUUCCGUGGGACUCGUGUUGCUGUGUCUCUUACCUGGGGCAGGAGAGCACUGCUGGCCCUGGCAGGCUGUGCUGGGACCACACGUGUGUGCUUGCAGGGCAGGAGCAGGCUGAUAAUGCUGCAAAGCCGAUACCUCACUUACCUCUGCUGGGUGCUUUACUGUUCUACUACAGAAAACUGUGUUUGAUUGUAACUUCAACAGGGAAAAAAUAAGGUCGUCAGUGCAUUCAACUCAUUGCAUCCUCCUCUGCAAAUAUAUUUGAUUUGCUGAUCACAAUUCCCUUUUGAAAUUCAGAAAAGGAAAAAAAAGAAAUUAGUGUUAAUGCCUUUGCUGAAAUGGGCCAUGACCUCCACACCUUUCUGAAGGCAAGGACGUGUUGCUAGCAGGCAGGCUGUAGUGCCAAGUGAUUUCAUUUCAUGGGAAGGUGCCGGGGCUGAGCAUGGGAAUUAAACCAUUAAGAAAUUGUAUGCAGGAAUGGAACUUCUCCAAGGUUUGCAGUUCAAGGUAUUUGACUGUUCACUGGCUGAGCCAGGACUUAUGGACUUAAAGAGCUUUUACUGUGAUUCUUCGGUGUAAAAAAAAGAAAAAAAAAAAAAAAAAAAAAAAGAAAAAAUCAAACUGUGUUUAUAUGAUUUGUAUAAAAACCUUUUAAAAUUACUAUUUAAUAAACAUUAUGG